CAAACAGAUCCAACGGACACGCAGUCAAGUGUUGACCGGAAAAACGGUGUUCCGGAGUAUUUGUGCAAGUUGCUGGGACAGCUACCCUUAGUGUCAUUUCAUCUCUCCCUGUGUGUGUGACAGUUUCGCACAAGAUCGUCACGACAAGAGAGAGAGAAAAUAUAUAUUUACAUCUCUAUAACGUGGUAUUGUAUAUGACUGCACUAUUUGACAGGAUAUUGAACUGUGUGAUCAAAGAACUUUCAGUGCACACUGGAACUGAAUUUAGAGCGUUGGAACCGCAUUUAGAGCGUUGGAAAUGGAUUUAGAGUUUUGGAACUGGAUUUAGAACUUUGGAACUGGAUUUAGAGUUUUGGUCCUGGAUUUAGAACUUUGGAACUGGAUUUAGAACUUUGGAACUGGAUUUAGAGCUUUGGAACUGGAUUUUGAAUUUUGGAACUGGAUUUUAGAGCUUUGGAACUGGAUUUAAAACUUUGGAAUUGGAUUUUAGAACUUUGGAACUAGAUUUUGAAUUUUGGAACUGGAUUUAGAACUUUGGAACUGGAUUUAGAACUUUGGAACUGGAUUUAGAACUUUGGAACACUCGAUAUUUGAUCUCCAUAAUCACGAUCAAAUUCAACCCGUGGAUUUAUUUUGCGGAGAGAGAGCUUCGGUCUCACUCAGAUUUCCUUGCUGUCGAAGUUUCUAUUUGAAUUUCUUAUCGAUAUAAUAAUCUUGGAUUCAAACCAUUCUUGUUGUAACCCAUGAUAAGGGUUAAAAUAAUGAUUUAACUUUAACACCCCAUAGGCCUCGGUUAUUUAGGGACACUUCCAUUUUCUUUUUUUUGGAUAAAAACUUGUUGGCAGCCGUUGGAAGUGUAACCCUUUCUGGAGUUUUCAUGUAACGGUUGAGUUGUUUUAUAAUGUUAUCGAAUAUUUCACCAUAUCCCCUUGGUUAGUUUCUCAACCCGAACCCAAUCAUUAGCCUCACAUCUCUGAAUAACGGUUCUGUUAAUAGCUCAAUCUGAUCGCCUAACACUUGCGCACGGUGGUGCAUGUGAGUGUUGGCAGUUGACAUCGUUAACCAACCGGGGUCUCGGUUUGUGUAGCCUGCAUCUGUUUUUGUGGAUCUUCUCCCGGUGCUCUCGCUCCCACCGGGGUGAGAGUUUCUCUUACAACUCAACGAUGUUGCUCCUUUCCCCGGUUCUCCUCCUUCUGCUCCGCGGGGUCUUAUUCGAGGCUUCGCAGGGCAUCAUCCAGGACAGCGGCUACUAUCACCACAAUGACCCGGAACUCGGACUCACCUUUGCCGGCCAAAGAACGUUGUUCGACUCCACAGACCCAUGCCUGGUGGUGUCACCUCCCUGUAUGAACGAGGCAGACCGAUACAGUCUGGAGGGUCUGAGGAACAUCCACAGAGAGAUGGAUGACGACCAGGAUGGCGGGAUAGAGGUGGAGGAGAGCGUGGAGUUCAUCAUCGAGGACAUGAAACAGCAGCCGACCAACAAACACAGCAAUCUUCACAGAGAGGACCAGCACAUCACCAUAGAGGAACUGUGGAGGGGCUGGAAGUUCUCAGAAGGUACGCUGUGUGAGUUUGUAGAGCUGCCUCAGUACGAGAAGAACUUUAAAGACUUCAGAGUCAACGGCAACACCUCCCCAGGUGAGAACGGCCAAUCAGAAACCUCAGAGAGGAACUUCCUGGUGGGUACAGCCAAUCAGAAAGCUUCUUACUGA